AUGUCAGGAUUCCCAUCAUUAACCUAUAAAAAUGAUGGUGGAGCAUUCUCUAUCAAUGGAGAGAAUGGUACAACCAAUGAAAAGAAUCAAGGUGGUGGUGUCAUUAACAACAAUAACAAUAAUGGAAACAAAUCAUUAAGAAAAUCAAGAAAUCAUAGUAGACAAAAUUCAUCAAAUAUAAAGAGUGAUAUUGAUAAAGGUAGUAAAUCACUUUUAAAAGAUUUUGAUGAAACCUCUACCUCUACAACCAUUGAUAAUAAUAAUAAUAAUAAUAGUCUUGGAAGUUUGAUUCUACCGAUUGGAUCAUCAACAAAAAUUGAUUUGACUACCAAAGAUUCACCAUCAACUGAAACCUAUUUAUCUACACCUUCACCUACCUCUUCUGCAUUGGUAUCACCAACACUAUCAUCGACUUCUUCGAUAGCCGAUACUAAUAGCAGUAGCUCAAAGUUCCCAUCAACGGCCAUACUCGUAUCAGCAAGUGACUUGGUAUUGAUUUCGGAUCAGAAAAUCAACGAAAAACACCCCAUCAAACAAAGAUUACAAUAUGUAUGGCAAUGGCUAGUACAUCAGGUUCGAACAGCUACCUACCAGACAUGGCUCAAGCUGUUAUUGGUCGCACUCAUCAUUGUCGGUAUUUGUUUGGCCAUUUUUGUAUUCAAAGUGCAACACCAUCUAGACGUUUUACAAAAGUUUGUGGAAAAGUUUGGUAUCCUCGUUGGAGGUGUUGUUUAUAUUGGUAUUUUUACUUUAUUAAUUAUAUUUUGUGUUCCUGUUACAAUUCCAACUAUUUUGGCUGGAAUCAUUUUUAAAUUAUGGUUUGCAUCAAUGUUGGGUGGUAUCAUUGCAUUUUUAAUGGGUAGAUAUGUAUUUAGAAAAUCAAUUGUUAAAUAUAUUGAAAGAAAUAAGAAAUUACAAGCAGUUGAUCAAGCAAUUGGUCAAGAAGGAUGGAAAAUUGUACUUUUAUUAAGAUUGACACCAAUUGUUCCUGAAAGUUUAUUAAAUUAUGCAUUGGCAGUUACCAAUGUUAAACUUACUCAUUAUAUAAUUUGUUCUGCAGUUGGUUUAGUACCAGGUUGUUCAUUUUUUAUUUAUCUUGGAACAAUGAUUGGUAAUAUUUCAGAUAUUGGAAAGAGACAUAUUCAAAAAGGAGAGAUUGCAAUGUAUGUGGUCAGUGGCGUGGCAAUGUGCUUUACCAUUGUUUUCAUCACUGUCAUUGUCAGAAGAGCUGUAAAUAAGAAAUUAAAUGUCGAAGAAAAGAAGGGACUGUUGGACGAAGAGGCCAAUGUUGGCGAAGAGAACCAAGAUGACGAGGAAUUGGACGAUCAAGUAGAUCAAGAGGAAAAACCACACAUCAAGGACAUUCUCGCCAAAAAGGUCGCCGGCAGCAGCAAGAAAUCCAAACGAUCAAAAAACCGAUUAAUCGAGGUUGAUGAAUUUAUCAAUCACAGCGGUGACAGUCUCACUUUCCACGAUCACUCUGAUAGUCAGAGUGGCAGCGAAACUGAAGAUCAUCUUUUAAAUAGUAGUAUCAAUUAUAGCGAUUUACAAAAUCUUCAAGAUCCAGCUUUAGUUGAUUUAAUGAAGAAUAAGAAUUAA